GGAUCAUGUCGGAUCAAAGUAAUCAUCUCAUUUCCUUUCCUCUCCGGCCUCUGAUCAUCUUUUCGUCUGAGGAGAGAUGAAGUCCCGUCCUACGUCUAUUCUUCCGCAAGACCAUUCCUUUCUCAUAUUUUGACUGCCAUCUGUGAGCUGUCUGUGCCUGGCUAGAGGAUGAGGCGCGAGAGGACGAAGCUAUCACCUACUUGAGGGUUUCAUCUUGUCAUGGGUUGCCUCGCCAAGGCUGGGUGGCUGAACUCGAACUGGAUUGAUUUGACACGAUUGCUCUCACCGUUGGCACACAUCCUUGUCUGUUCAACGUACGCCAGGAUUUCUACUCCGUGCCUUAGUCCACAUAAAACCCCACAUUCGGUUGCUCGACCUUGAAGCAUCUCAUUCACAAUGUUUAUCCCGACGCUCUUGAUUUCGUCUCUCGUAGCCUCGAUCGGACUCGUGGAGGCAUCAGACGCCGGAAAGCCUCUGUUGGGCCGUACACUCGUCGCCCGCACUUCCCUAACGACGACGACUCCUCACACAGUGACGAGCCAGACGAAGAGCACGCCGAGCGCCGCUCCGACUGGCAACGGCAGCUGCAAAAUCUGCGACUGCCUCGUUACACUCGUGGAGGCCGCACUCGCUCCGGUCAUAUGCGUCGAGGCGGGUAGCCAGGCAUUCUGCAGUGCGUCCCUAGUCAUCGCAUCACGCGAAUCGACUAGCACGCGGCUGACUUGGAUACUAACUUGCGCCUGUGCGUCUCCUCAGAUCCUAUCCUUGACGCCGAAUGCAUCGCUGCUGUACACGCUUAUUCCAAAGUCUAUGUACGGCCUUCCCGUUUCUUCAUCUCGUUCCGCUGCUCAAAGUUCCGUUGCUAGUCGUCGUGCAAGGGCUGCUGAAGAGAAGGAACAUUGUCUACGUAGGAUGUAUGAUGUCAGAGUAGCCAGAUAAAAUCCACCAUUCGUGUUGAGACUA